CCGACUUUUGAGGAGGCGGAGCUUCGUGUUUCGUCCGCUGGCAAAGCGGUAGGAUUGGCUAGUGGCGACAGCAGAAAACGAGCCUGAGCCCUGUCGGGGCUUUGGGCUUCAGAUUCCUGACUGACCAAAGUGACUUCAAAAAGGAGGGAAAAUGGCUUCUGAAUCUGAAACCCCGAAUCCAAGUGCUCGGAUAAUGACCUUUUAUCCAACCAUGGAAGAAUUCCGGAACUUCAGUCGAUACAUUGCCUACAUUGAAUCCCAAGGAGCUCAUCGUGCUGGACUAGCUAAGGUUGUUCCUCCAAAAGAGUGGAAGCCACGAGCAUCCUAUGAUGACAUUGAUGAUCUGGUCAUCCCUGCACCUAUCCAGCAACUGGUAACAGGGCAGUCUGGCCUCUUUACUCAGUACAACAUACAGAAGAAAGCCAUGACUGUUCGAGAGUUCCGCAAGAUUGCCAAUAGUGAUAAGUACUGUACCCCACGCUAUAGUGAGUUUGAAGAGCUUGAGCGGAAAUACUGGAAAAAUCUCACAUUCAACCCUCCAAUUUAUGGCGCAGAUGUGAAUGGUACUCUCUAUGAAAAGCAUGUUGAUGAGUGGAACAUUGGCCGGCUGAAGACCAUUCUGGAUUUGGUUGAAAAGGAGAGUGGGAUCACCAUUGAGGGUGUGAACACCCCAUACCUGUACUUUGGCAUGUGGAAGACUUCCUUUGCCUGGCAUACAGAAGACAUGGACCURUACAGCAUCAAUUACCUGCACUUCGGAGAGCCAAAGUCCUGGUACUCUGUUCCACCUGAACAUGGAAAACGAUUGGAGCGCCUCGCCAAAGGCUUUUUCCCAGGAAGUGCUCAAAGCUGUGAGGCUUUUCUCCGCCAUAAGAUGACCCUGAUUUCCCCAUUAAUGCUGAAGAAAUAUGGCAUUCCCUUUGACAAGUGCUCCUGCAGAAARGAUAUGGUGAAGAUCUCCAUGGAUGUGUUUGUGAGGAAGUUCCAGCCAGAAAGAUACAAACUUUGGAAAGCUGGGAAGGACAGCACAAUUAUUGACCAUACCGUGCCUACACCAGAAGCAGCAGAAUUUCUCAAGGAGAGUGAACUUCCCCCAGGAGCUGGGAAUGAGGAGGAAUGCCCAGAGGAGGACAUGGAAGGAGCUGAAGAUGGAGAGGAGGGAGACCUAAAGAGAAGUCUGGCCAAGCACCGUAUAGGGACAAAGAGGCACCGGGUUUGUCUUGAAUUACCACAGGAAGUAAGUCAGAGUGAGCUCUUCCCCAAGGAGGAACUAAGUUCAGGACAGUAUGAAAUGACAGAAUGUCAGGCCACCCUUGCUCCUGUGAGGCCCACCCACAGCUCUGUGCGGCAAGUUGAGGAUAGCCUGCCUUUCCCAGAUUACUCUGACUCCACUGAUGUUAAAUUUGAAGAGCUCAAAAACGUCAAGCUAGAAGAGGAGGAUGAUGAGGAGGAACAAGAGGCAGCUGCUCUGGAUCUUUCUGUGAACCCUGCUUCUAUGGGAGGACGCCUUAUCUUCUCUGGUUCCAAAAAGAAAUCAUUUUCUAGCCUGGGAUCCAGUUCUUCUCGGGAUUCUCUUUCUUCUGAUUCAGAAACCAGUGAGCCACUCCCCUGUCAAGCUCAAGGGCAAACAGGAGUUCUCACUGUGCAUAGCUAUGCCAAAGGGGAUGGCAGAGUCACCAUGGGAGAGCCAUGCAUCAGGAAGAAAGGCAGUGCCCCCAGAAGUAUCAGUGAACGGGAGCUGGCAGAGGUUGCAGAUGAAUACAUGUUUUCCCUGGAAGAGAAUAAGAAGUCAAAGGGUCGCCGACAGCCCUUAAGCAAGCUUCCACGCCAUCACCCACUGGUGUUACAGGAUUGUGUCAGUGAUGAUGAGACCUCUGAACAGCUGUCCCCUGAGGAGGAGGCUGAGGAGACAGAGGCCUGGGCCAAGCCCCUAAGCCAGCUGUGGCAGAACCGACCUCCGAACUUUGAGGCUGAAAAAGAAUUCAAUGAGACCAUGGCCCAGCAGGCCCCUCACUGUGCUGUCUGUAUGAUCUUUCAAACGUACCAUCAGGUCGAGUUUGGAGGUCUUAGUCAGAACUGUGGAAACACUUCAGAAUUAGCCCCCCAGAAACAGAGGACCAAGCCAUUGAUUCCAGAAAUGUGCUUCACCUCAACUGGCUGCAGCACAGACAUCAACCUUUCUACUCCUUACCUUGAGGAGGAUGGCACCAGCAUUCUAGUUUCCUGCAAGAAGUGUAGUGUCCGGGUCCAUGCCAGUUGCUAUGGGGUUCCCCCAGCCAAAGCUUCUGAAGAGUGGAUGUGUUCUCGGUGUUCAGCCAAUGCCCUGGAGGAAGAUUGCUGUUUAUGCUCCUUACGAGGAGGGGCCCUGCAGAGAGCAAAUGAUGACAGAUGGGUUCAUGUUUCAUGUGCUGUGGCGAUCCUGGAAGCAAGAUUUGUCAAUAUUGCAGAAAGAAGUCCUGUGGAUGUGAGCAAAAUCCCCCUGCCCCGCUUCAAACUGAAAUGUGUCUUCUGUAAGAAGCGGAGGAAAAGAAAUGCUGGCUGCUGUGUGCAGUGUUCUCACGGCCGUUGCCCAACUGCAUUCCAUGUAAGCUGUGCCCAGGCUGCUGGAGUGAUGAUGCAGCCGGAUGACUGGCCCUUUGUUGUCUUCAUUACCUGCUUUCGGCACAAGAUUCCCAACUUGGAGCGUGCCAAGGGUGCCUUGCAGAGCAUCACUGCAGGCCAGAAGGUCAUUAGCAAGCACAAGAAUGGGCGCUUCUACCAGUGUGAGGUGGUCAGACUCACCACUGAGACCUUCUAUGAAGUCAACUUUGAUGAUGGCUCCUUCAGUGACAAUCUGUAUCCUGAGGACAUAGUGAGCCAGGACUGCCUACAGUUGGGUCCUCCUGCUGAAGGAGAAGUGGUUCAAGUGAGAUGGACGGAUGGCCAAGUCUAUGGAGCUAAAUUUGUGGCCUCCCACCCCAUCCAGAUGUACCAGGUGGAGUUUGAGGAUGGCUCGCAGCUUGUGGUUAAGAGAGAUGAUGUAUACACGCUGGAUGAAGAGCUUCCCAAGAGAGUCAAGUCUAGAUUGUCAGUAGCCUCAGACAUGCGCUUCAACGAGAUUUUCACGGAGAAAGAGGUUAAGCAGGAAAAGAAACGGCAGCGGGUAAUCAACUCGAGGUACCGAGAAGACUACAUCGAGCCUGCACUGUACCGGGCCAUCAUGGAGUAGGCAUUUCCAAGGUCCAAGAGGUUCCCAGCCAUCAAGGCGAGAGCACUCGGGUUCCACAGCACAGCAGACACUCGGAACUCUGAAGUCUUUAAAAGUGAAGUUGUAAAAAGAAAAGGAAUGAAAUAACCAACCCCAUCACCUUCUCACCCCAGCUGAAUUGCAUUCCGCUGUAGAGAAAUGACAAGCUGUUUUUGGACAUGUGGCAGCAGCCGUUGAUCUCCCAGCUGAGGGGCUGAGCACUGGAAUGCUGUGGCUGCAUUAGCCCCCAGUCUGAAAAGGGGUCAGCUGUGCUGGCUGGGCGGGUUCCCCUGUUCCUGGCCUAGGACUUAGCUUCCUGCCAAGCACCUGCACCGACCAGGCAGAGGUGCUGGUGCUUGACCCAACUCUCCUUUUGUAUUUAUGUGUAUAUGUGUGUGUGUGUGUGUGUGUGUGUGUGUGUGUGUGUGUGUGUUUGGGUGUUUGGUCUGGACCAGCUUCUGUCAGCCCCUGGCCUUUACUUUUUUCUUGCCUCUUUAGGGCAAACAAAAUGUGAAAUUCCGCCCUCAGCUGAGCUGAGUAAGGGCCCCUGUGGGUUGGCUGAAGAUGGGUGUAGCCAUCUAUUCAGGCUUGGAAAGGCCUCAGGAGUGCUGGCAAAGCUGCAGUGUUGAGAGGCUAAGGAGUUGAUGCCACCUUUGUCCUCCCUUGAGGAGAAUACAAGGGUAACAUGGAUAUGUGCCCGCAAUUUUCUAGGCACAGAACCCCUGUGGCACAGUAUUACUUGGUGUGGGUAGGGAAUACCCCAAAGGGAGGAUUUUAAUGAUGGAAGCAGGCAGAGCCUGGUAGGUGAUUCUGUCAACAGAAAAUUGCAAUCAUGCAGGGGCUGGGAGGGUUAGAAUGAAUUGGGGCCACUGGAGGCUAGGGGCAAGUAUAGAUAUG